AUAGUCUGCUCAAUUUUAUGUUCUGACAGAACAUAAUCACCAUCUGUUGAUGUUUUUCCUCAACGAAACGCUUAGUGAUGAGGUGACAAUUUCUUGAGGAAUGUGUGUUUAUUUGCAGUAAGCCCGAUUGCUGUGAUUCUCAUCACAAGUGCAGCUCGGACAAACAACAAUGACAGGCCUAAUAAAAGCCAUCCAAUUUAUCACCAUACUCAGCACACUCUUCCUGACAGUUAGCAAUGCCAAGAAACCAAAUUUCAUCAUAUUCCUUGCUGAUGACAUGGGUUAUGGCGAUAUCUCCUCCCAUGGUCACCCGAGUCAGGAGUAUGGAGCUAUAGACAAGCUCGCUGCAGAAGGGAUGCGAUUCACCCACUGGUAUUCUGCAGAUGUUGUUUGUACCCCAAGCAGAGCUGCCCUCCUUACUGGGCGUUACCCACUAAGGUAUGGCUUAUCAGGAGGAGUUCGAGUACUUCUUCCCCAUCAUUUCAGCGGGCUGCCAAAGUCUGAGAUAACAAUUGCCGAAGCUUUGAAGGAUGUAGGAUACAACACUGGCAUAGUUGGAAAGUGGCAUUUAGGUAUUAAUGAAGCAACAAGGACAGAUGGAGGCCACCUACCACAUAAUCAUGGUUUCAACUACGUGGGCAGUAUUCUACCCUUUACUCUAGUAUGGGACUGUGAUACUAGCAAGGUUCACAUGGAGGAGGCAAACAGACACCGCUGUUUCCUGUAUCAGAAUACAACAAUCAUCCAACAGCCGAUAGACCUCCAUAACCUAUCCAGUCGAUUUCUUCACGAUGCCAAGGCAUUCCUCCACGACAACGCCGACCAUCCGUUCUUCCUCUAUUACCCCUUACCACAGACUCAUACACCAAUGUUCAACAUGCCACAAUUUGCUAAUAAAUCUAGGCGAGGUCGCUAUGGAGACCAGAUCAACGAAAUGGCAUGGACCAUCUCUGAGAUCAUGGACACUCUGAAAACAUUGAGGUUAGAUGAAGAUACGCUGGUCCUCUUCCUCUCAGAUCAUGGACCACAUUCGGAAGUGUGUUCAGAAGGGGGCGAUGCAGGGAUGCUCAGAGGAGGCAAAUUGUCGUUCUUUGAGGGUGGUAUCAGAGUCCCAGCCAUUGCUCACUGGCCAGGCAAGAUCAAACCAGCCAGCGUUUCCCACGACGUCAUCAGCACCAUGGACAUCUUCCCAACGAUACUUGAGCUAGCUGGAGCAAAGGAACAAGAUCAACUACUCGAUGGUCAGAGCAUAACAGACAUUCUCUUUGAAAAGGGGCAUAAAUCUCACGAGAUUCUCUUCUACCACUUGGAACGGGACGUUUUGGCCGUCCGGUACAACAAUUUUAAGAUACAUUUCAAAGCUGCUGGGCUUCCCACCGAAAAAUUCAUCAAGCAUUUCUGUCCCGGUGGAUUCCCAACUAAAAGUGUCAUGCUAGGUGAAAAUCAUAUCGUAGCACUACCGUUUGAUAGUCCUUUAGUCUAUGAUGUUGAACGUGAUCCUGGGGAGAGGUACCCCCUGAAUCCUAGAGAUUAUGACAAUGUGAUCAGGGAGGUUCGGGAGGAAAUUGCGAAACAUUUCGCGACUGUUACACCCACGAAAUGUCUGUUGUAUGGAAACCAUGCAAAUAGGAAAGUUAUUCCCUGUUGUAAUCCACCGUAUUGUUUCUGUAAUUUCCCAGGAACCCAACAAUGAUCCUUCACAUGAGACAUUGUGCCAUCAUAUCCAGUCUGCUUACAAUACAUAAUACCUAUUCUAUUGUGCAUAAUUCACACAUUUUAUUAUAAGAAAAUUUAUAUUGAAUGUAUAGACGAGCUGAAGGUUGAAUUGAAAGCACAUGAUGUUCAGUUCACUUGCUGCACGCAACGUUUUUUUUAGUUAAGACGAUGUACAAUUUCGAACAUCCCAGAUAAUUGCAUUUAUUACCAUAUCAUCUUGCCAACACUGAUGUCUGUUCGACCUCAUGUUGAUCCAGAAUGCCGACACCAGCCACAAUGUUUUCAAAAGCUAAUAGCUCACUUGAUCUGCAAAUCAUGUCUUUACGCGACAGGGAAGCUAAUGUACAAGUAGAGGAAUGAUUUUAAUAAAUAAUUUUGAAACAAAAUUUUCCGGGAAAGAUCGAACUACUUUUGCUGAAUGGGACCAAAUCAGUUACUUAAAACUGGUGGUGACUCUCCAGGUUAAUGUUUUAAAAUGAGCAUGUCAUGUGAGAGUCAUAUCGUUAAAUGGCACGUGGUGUAAUUAUGUAGUCUCUAUACAAAGUUUUAAUGGUUUUUAUAUGCAUUUACGUAUAUUUUUGGUGAAUAAAUACCAUGUGAAGAAGUAA